AUUGUAUUCCAUGCAAGCAAGACAACGAACGUCAUGGCCAGUGCGAUGAAUGGAUCCUUGCGUGAACACCUCCUGGGACCGGAGAUCGUCGUCGUAGAUGGAACGGUGCCGGCAGCGGUGGGUGGCAUCAAGGCAGUGGUGCACACUGGCGGACGCGACAUGGCGUGGCAAUUCGACAUGCACGGACAGUGCUUUCGACGACACGUCUCGCGUGAAGACGUGUUCCGUGAGAUCCAAGACGCGGCUUCCUCGUCUUCGGGCGGCGAUGUCUCCAUUCCAGGCGUCCACAUGCGCGACAUCCGUCAGCUCGACAGCGCGUACUCGAUCUCUGAUCGCCCUACCAUCCUGGUACGCCACCAAGCGAUCCUGGUCAACAUUGACCCCAUCCGCGCCGUGAUCUUACGUCACCGGUGCAUCGUGUUUCCUGGCAUGCCGUUGGACGUGGCGACCCAUCUCCAAGCUACGUUCGUCGCCAACAUGGCGGAAUCCCCCGACGCUCCGUUUGAAUUCACAGCGCUCGAGUCGGUUCUGUCGACCGUUGCGACGUGGUACGCGAAUCAAGUGACGUACAUGCAGCCGGAAGCGAUGCUAGUGUUGCAGUCGAUAGCCAGUGUGGAACGGCCGCGCGACGAAUUCGAGCGGCUGCGUCUCGUCCAGCGCCGGUUUCAUGAACUCCAAGCCCAAGUCCAAGGGAUUCACUCGCUCUUGGCGGCGCUUCUCGACGACGACGACGACCUCCACCGACUGUACUUGACCAAGCUCCACGGCAACCAAAAUGUCGACAGCUACAUCAGCAGUACCUUUGACCCUGACGAAGCCGCGUCAUUGGUCGAAGUGUACGUCCAGAAGACAUUUUCGACCCUGUGUACGAUCCAGCUGCAGCUCACCAAGGCCGACAACACGGAGAGCUCGCUCGACUUGAAAUGGACAUCCAAGCGAAAUCAAUUGCUUCUCGUGGACAUUCCGCUCAAGCUCGUGUAUCUGGCGCUGUGGGUGGCGUCGUUCUGGACGGCGGCGAUGGCUAUGAACGUCGCAUCGCCCUUCUCAACCUUGGAUGAUGGCGGCAUGUUCUUUUGGAGCUUUUUCGGUGGGCUGGCUGGGCUCUGUGUGGUGUUUGUGUUGGUGGCCGUGGUGCACUUGCGAAGGCAGGGGAUUCGACUGACGUUUGCGGCGCCAGUGGAGGUGCCAUCCGUGGCCGCGGCCAUCGCGGCGGCAUCGACGAUGUCAACAUUGUCGUCUUCUUCUGCUGCUGCUACCGACGACGACGACGACGAUGGACGGCGACCAGCCUUGCAUUUCGACACCACGGGCAACUACACGACUACAUUUGUGACCCGAAGUGCCAUCUUCAACAUGGUGCAAUGUGCAGCUGCGGAUGUUCAAGGGUAUGCAGACCCGACGCAGUCUGACGAGUACUAUCAUACCCCCGUGGACAUUCCGCCCAUGCAUAUGCGCGACAUUCGGACGCUGGAAACGGCGCUGUCCGUGUCGAAUGAGCCCAUGAUCACCGUGCGCCAGCAAGUGAUUCUCAUCAAUUGUGAUCCCAUCCGCGCCGUGAUCUUUCGUGAUUCGUGCUUGGUGUUUAUCUCCCGCGGUUUAGUGACCUCAACUACGUUGGUACAACGUCUGCAAGCCAGCUUUCACCAGCACCUUGGCGACGAUGCACAUGCUUGCGUUGGCUUUGAAUUCUCGUACGAUCUAUAUAUAUAUAUAAUCUGAAGACAUGUAUCGUGGCCAUGUUUAAAGGGCGUUGGAAGCCAUCGUCGCCACAAAGUGCCAGCUCUUGGCGGACGAGCAGUACAAGCUAGCGGUGCUGGGCCGCGACCAGUUGAACCUGAUGGCAUCAGACGAGGGCAAUAUGAGUGUACUGGACAACCUGCGCAUGAUCAAGAAUGCCACAAGUGACUUGGAGUCGCAAGUGAACGGCGUCCGACGCAUGCUCAUUGACAUGCUUGACGACGACGAGGAGCUGCACAUGCUGCAUCUGACCAAGCUGUACGAAGAGCCGUCGGUGGCGCUGGAUUUGUUUGGCUUUGACACGGAAGAAGUCGAGUCACUCCUCGAGUCGUACUUGCAGAAUAACUAUGGCACGGGCGCGGCGGUCGAGUUGAUGCUGCACACGAUUCAGAACACGGAGGCCAUCGUGAUGCUCAAAUUGGAUGCCAAGCGCAACUACCUGAUCAUUGUGGACCUGCUCAUGACGCUCGUGACGACCCUCGUGGCCGUGUCCAACUUUUUCGUGAACGCAUUUACGAUGAACGUUGUGUCGUGGCUCAAGGAUCUGGACUGGGUCUAUUGGACGUGGAUUGCGGUGGCCGCGGCGUUCCCCAUAGCCUCGUACUUUACCUCGAUCUGGUACAUUCGAAAGGCGGCGGGAGUCAACAUUGCCUUGUCAGCGCAUAAACACGACUAGUAACGCAAGUCGUCUACCAAGUACAGUAGUAGUAAAAGUGUCAUAAGUGCAUUGACUGACAGUGGGUGACGGCACCGAGGGGACAAAUGUGUGUUUAGUAAUCUGCA